AUGGAUGCUAGUUCCGGCAUGUCGCCUAACAAUGACUACCCUUCGCCUUCCGUCACCUCUUCCUCUUCCUAUCCCAACGGCCUCUCGAUGCACGUUUCGCCCAUGCUAUCUCGCUCUUCGUCCACCUCAAGCUACGCACCACAGCAGGCUGCGCGGCGCAGUCAGUUCCCUUCCUAUCAUCACCACCCCCAUCCUUACACAGCUUCGGCAGAGCAUUCCGACUACGCGGCGCAGAGGCAGUUCCCGCCUCCGGCCGCUCACUAUACCUAUCCGCCCCAUUCCUAUAGCCAUUCGCAGCCGCAGCAGCAGCAGCAUCAGCACGCACAGGCGUCACAGCUGCAAUAUCCUCCACCGCCACUGUCCGCGAGCGCAGCAGCCGAGUGGGACUACACGACGCAGCAGCACAUCUACAAGCGCCCGCGCUACGACGACUAUCCCGGCUCGUCUUCGUCCACUUCACCCAACGCGGCGUAUCAGGAUGCGCGUGCUCGACAGACUUACGACGCUCAUUAUCGGAUCGCUUCCAAUCACAGUCAGUCGAGCAGCAAAGGCAAUCAGCUGCCUCCCAUCUCUCCUCACCAACCCAACGCCGCUGCCAUGGCGGCUUCCACCUCGCUUCCGCCGAUCACAAGCGUGUCGCCUCCGUCGCGUCGUUCCAUCGGCUCGCCCAACCCUGUCCAUCGCUCGGUUGACACUUCGCCCGCCAACCGCACCAGUCCCGUCGUCGCCAACGCCAGCCAACGUAGCUAUGUCCCUCUCGGACACGCUGCCCACGACCACGCUGCAGCGCAACACCGCAUUCCCGCCUCGCACUCCUUCCCUCCUGGCUAUGCAACAGCCUCCUCUGCAUCUGCAUCACAUCGCAUCAACGGCAACGAUCAUGACUCCCGCUCCGAGGCCCCGCUCAGUCCGUCUCCUAGGCGUUCCUCCAAUUCGUCGCAGCCCCGUCACAAGCCCGUCUUUGACUAUACUUCGACGGACGCAGAUCCAGAAGAGUUCAUAGCCGCUGUGCAUUCGCUGCCGAGAGUCGUCAUGACCCAGCCCAACAAAGGCGCUGACGCUUACUUUGGCAUGCUUCAAGCUGUCGCUCGCAUGGACCAAGGUCAGGCCAUGGCCCAUGCUCUUGCGGCCUUGAUUGCAGCGCGACAAGCCAGCGCAGACGAUGGCACUCACCCGGUCGACAAAGACUCCGACGCUCUCAAGUCGCUCGCAAACAUGAGCGAGGACCAGCUGGUGGCCGCAGCCGAGCGCCAUCACCUCUCCGCUGUCAAAGCUCUCCAGCAGCAGCAGCACCAGCCAAGUCGCCGUCGUCGUUUCUCUGUCAUCGAGACCAACUCCAGUACCAACGGUGACGAGCUGCCGCCGGGCAGCAAUGCUGCGACCAUGCUGCUGCUCAUCUUGGCAUGCAGCUCCAUCGGCAAGUCGCUCAUGCUGCCUUCCUAUUUCAACCAGGCCGAACAAUUCCUCGCUGAUGCCGUCGAGCACAUUUCCAUCCAGCGUCUCUUUCCAUCGGUCAAUGGCGAGACCAUCCUCGGAUCGCCCGAAGACCCACCCAUCAUGCCUCCAGACAACCUCACCAACUACGGUAGGCUACUGUUCCUCGGCACCGUUGUUGGCGUCUACGAAUGCUGUCUCGCUCAGUACACGGCGAUCACUGACUGGGACUACAACCCAGCUCGCUUGAAGAGGCUGCUACCGUUCAAUUGGACCAACUCGGAUGCAGCCAUCUUUGAGCAGACACGCAACACGGUGGCAGAGACCACUUUUAGCAUCUCGAUGGUUACUUUGGAGCUUAUUACCGAGACCCUCGACACCAUGCGCAGGUUCAAGCGUGCCGAGGAGGUCGCCUACGGCAAUCGGAAGAGCAGUCGCAGCACAGCCGAAGAUGGCAGCGCAGCGCUCGACAGUCUAGCGCUCAGGGAAGAGCUCGGACUGGUGAUCCGCGAUCUCGAGGCCGGCACCUUCUGGAAAGGUGCCGCGCGUACUUUGAGCGAAGCAGAGCAGCUUUUGGCGCUCAAAAGCAUCGAUCGACAGCUGAGCGAGGACGACACGGCUGAAGUGGAAGACCACAAGACGAACGGCUCGUCGAUCACGCCCUCCACGGAGCCCUACAAGUCAGGGCGACUUUUCUUGACGUCGUCGAAUAGCGAACGAAAACACGACGUCAACCGGCUGCGACUCGGCAACCACCUCUACCGCAAUGCUCUGCUGAUUGACCUCUACGUCAGCGUCUUCAAUCGACCUGCCUCGAGCCUCGCUGUGCGCGAGCUUGUGUCGCGCAGCAUCGCCCUGCUCGGCGCGAUCCCUGACAAGCUCGAACAAGGCCUCAUGUGGCCCUCGCUCGUCUUUGGUUCCUACGCGCAGAACGAUACCGAGCGCGAUCAGGUCCGCAGCUUCGUCCGACGUUCCAAAUGGAAGAGCACCGCUGGCCCCUCGACCGCCUUUGACGUCCUCGAACGGGUCUGGAAUCGAGAAGCCGACUCGUGGCGCGAGAGCGUCACCUACUUUGGCAGCCAAUACAUCUGCUAG